ACUACUGCGCAUUGUUUCACUUUUUGAUUUCCUCUUUAAUGUUUAAGUCAUAAAUAUUUACUGAUCAUUUGUCUUGAAACGCGACAAAGUGAGAAAGAUGCCAGAGAAGAUUAUCACGUUUUGAGAAGUAAACGUCAAAUACAGUUCUGAUGUUAUCUCCUCUGGACCAUUUCACAGUGUCAGAAGAUUGAGGGGGAAACAUGAGCUCUGAUGAAGAUGUGGCAGCUGUAUCCAGACAUUCUUAUUUCAUAGGGAAGAAAGAGAAUAUAAUUCAAGCCAGACGGGUGGUGAAGUCAGUUGGUGAAAGAGAUGUUCUGGUGAUUUACCACAAGGGGGACUUCUAUGCUAUUGACGUGCGCUGCUAUCACUCUGGAGGUCCACUUCAGGAAGGAGAUAUAGAGAAGGACUUUGAUGGACGCACAUGUUUAGUGUGCCCGUGGCAUAAGUAUAAAAUUACAUUAGCUGAAGGUGAGGGUCUCUACCAGGCAGUGGACCCUUCUGUGAAGCCCCUGAAACCAACCUGGUGCUCUAAAGGCAUAAAACAAAGAGUCCACACAGUGACAGUGUCUAACGAAGAUGUGUUCCUCACCUUAAAUAACUCUCCAGGACCCAUUGACUCUGAUUACUAUCAGACUGAGAAAUAUAGAAACACCUUCCUGAAAGAAGGGCAGAAGAAAACAAAGUGACCUCAGGGGAAGAUAGAUGGGAUAAGUGAGUGUCUCAAGCAUCAGCUGAUCAGCAAACGUGUUCUGCUGAAUUUGUUUUCAUCUGUCUCCGCUGGAAACCUAGUUGAGUUAUAAAGCUGAGUUAUAAAGCACCAUUUUCCAAAAAUCAGCCUGUCCAUCAAGUUUGUUGGUGGUCCAAGAUGGUUUACUAACUAAUGAUCAUUUUAGACCAACUAAAAACCAGCUAGCAUGUCCCAAAACCAUUUUUGAGCCUUUUACGGUACUUUGUCACAAGUGUUUUUUAAUGGACAAAUCUACUACUUAUGAACUAUUUGAAUCCACCUACAUUUUCAAUGUUUAGACAGACUUUUGUAGAAGUUGACUUGAAAUAUGUAACUUUUUAUUUUAUAAUAAUUUAAUCACUAAAUCAGGCUACUAACGUGAUUUUUGCUCACAAUCUUGUAUCUAAUCCCAUGGAUUUUCUCACUUUUAUUACUCCGAUAUGCAAAUUUAGUGACAAGUGCACAGAAUAAUAAAAUGUAAAAAAAAAAAAAAAAAAAAAUUUUUAUAUCAACUUUUAUAACAAGUUGGGCACAUUCAUAUUAACGUUACACGUUAAUGAAAAAGAUUAUAAGUGUUGCUCAUAUCUGUAUACAGUCAUAGGUAAAAUAAUGUUUAUAUUUAAUUAUAUUCCCUGUUUAAAAUAAAGAAUGAACACAAUAUACGCUUUUUAGUCUAAAUUCUGUGAACAGGAGAGCGGUCCUCCGAGCUGGUAGGGGAUUUGAUUUAAGAACUGACAGUGAUGACUGUUGAACUGAUAGUGGAGUGUGUCUGGGCUCAGAGGGUGACAUGGAAAAAUGAGAGGCCAAGGAUGGAAGUGAAAGGAGCGAGUUUGAAUGAGAGAAAAGGGUUUGUAAUCUGUGUGUAAACAGGAGUGGUUAAGGCGGACUUGUGGACCUGAGGAAUGCUUAAAAAUAGCAAUUGGAGAUAACAUUCUACACCAACACCAAUGACCAAAAAAGACCUGUAGUUAAAAUAGAAAAUAAGAUGGAAUACAGGAUGUAAUUUCCUUACAAUCAAUAUCAAGCAUGCAAUUCAUACAGGUUUAGUGACAUUUCUGUAACAUGCAUAUUAUACAAAACAAUAGUUUUAAUAGUUUUUAUUUUUAUUUGUACAAUCAUAUCAACUCAAAAAUAAAUACAUACAUUGUCCCAGUAUUUUGUUUAACACAAAGACUACAAUCCUUUGGAGGUAAAGCAUGUAAAAUAACAUCACUACCACUGCACUUUAGGCUUUACUCUUGAGGAGUCAAAAGCUUCAAAAAUGACUGAAAACCUUUCAUAUAUUUCUGCCAUUCAGCUAUGCAGCUUUCUGUGAAGACCAAAUAUUUCCAUAGUACAUUGUACCUGAUUAAAAAAGUUCUAAGUGACAGUACAAGACAAUAAGAAGUAUAGAAUUAAAUCUAAAAUCUAAAGUGAUACAUUAAAAUAUACCCCACAUGUACAGUCUUAUUACAGUAUCGGCACCGCUUCAGUACCUGUGCCCCUCCCUCCUCCCACGUACCCUGUAAACCGAUGCAAAUUAAUGAGAGUUAGUUGAUAUGUAUUUGCACAGUUAGUUAGAAAGUCUUCAGUGGAAUAUAAAAAUAAACUGUAAUCACAGCACUCUGUUUUCCUUUUACCAGGCAUGUUAGUUAUGUAACUCAUCAACCUAUCACAGCUCAACUCCAGUUCCUCAGGCUUGCUUUCUCUGCAAGGGGUAUUUGUGUGUGUGUGUGUGUGUGUGUGUAAAGGUGGCUGAGAAAAAUAGAGCAGGAAUGUAUGUAUUUCAGACUGGAAACAUUGUGUAGGCUAUAUCAUUUGUGUAUGCACUCAAAAAAAUGAUUUUUCACAUUUGUUCACUUUACCUGAACAAUUCAUGUUGAAUUAAUGCCAGUUUGGCUAUUUUUCAGUUCAACAUGAUUGUGUCAUGUUAAACUGACUUAAA